AUGGAAACUAUCCACCGUCAGUCCAAGAAAAUCCACGCCUUUACCGAUAAGAAAGAAGCCCAUGCAGUCUUUUCCAAAAAGAAGUGGACACAGCGUGACCCUCGCUAUGUUGACAUCGAACUCACAAAGCGCAAUCGUACUUGGACUCAGAAAUUCCGGGGUUGGCUCGCCCGAUAUUCGUUUGCCGAUGAAUAUCUAAUCUGGGCGCAAAAAACGUACAGAAAACCUCGUGAAGAAUUCUUGAUUCUUACGGCAGAAGACGCAGAUAACAGAGGGAAAGGCCAUGUCAGUGAAUUUUUGAGCUUCGUUCACGAUAAAGACGAAUCCAUCAGGAAAGAAAUACAGUACGGAUUGAAGUAUCACUCAUUCGAACACAUCUACGGAAGCCGCGGGGUCUCUGCGGUCCUCUUCGCGAAUUCUAUCCGUGAAAGCUCGACGUGGUCUGAUUUCGCAGAAAAAAAGACUGACUGGUGUACAAGCUUCAAAGGCUUAGUUGUUACAGAGAACUAUAGAAAGCAGAAGGGGCAGAAACGGGCUUUUGAUUCUGAGGGCGUUGAACAGAGCCAGAAAAGGCGUUCAGGUGUGACCCCAAUGCCUACGUCGGCACUAGAAUGGGAAACCCCCAGCGAGGCACCUGAAGAUGACAGAUUGGGCGCCAUGAAUGUCUCCGCAAACCCUCCAAUAUCCAAUGCAAUGGGUGACGAUUCCGCGGGAGGCCAGGUGAUAGACCAACCUAUGGCUGAUGGCUAUGACCCGUUUCAAGUGGACUUCAAUUUUCUUCCCCAAGAGCUCGAUGGUCAGAAUCCCGAAAUGAUCAACCCUCAACCUUGUUUUGAUAAGCAAGUUAGCGAUGAAGCCGAUGGUAGGUGA